GGAAUCGGAGCUUCGUCUGAACCAAACGGAAACGUCUGCACCAAAUUUCACACCCAUUUUCGAAAGGCCGGCGACGAGUGGAACGGGGCAAAACAAGUUCUAUAUUAUUUAUUGGUCACAUUUUAAUUUCAUGUUAAAUAUUUUAGUACAGCAAUUCUAGCAUGGCUUCAAGAGUUCGCCAAAUCCGUUGCCUAUAUAAGAGUCUUUGUUUACCGCUGGAAUCACCAGUCGAAACGAGACACCAGUUUGGAUUGGAUUGGAUUGCAUUGCACUGAUAUCGAUAGAGCGGAAUAGAGAUCCCGACAUGAAGUACCUAAUGCUGAUUGCCCUGUUUGUGGUCGCUGCUUCGGCGACGGACAACGACGACCCGAUUUCGCAGGAAUCCAAUGUGGAGUACAAUGGCAAAUACCAUUAUCAUUAUGAGCUCAAAGACGGCUCAAAGGCCACUCAGGAUGGAGUUUUGAAGACCGUGAAUGCGGAUCACAACGGCGAGUCGGUCAAUGGAAAGUACUCAUUCGUGGCCGACGAUGGCAAGACCUAUGUCGUGUCUUACACGGCUGACGAGAACGGAUACCAGGCGGUGGGUGACCACCUGCCCACACCACCACCCACGCCGGAGUCCGUCCUGAAGGCUCUGGAGUACAUCCGCCUGCAUCCGUACACGGCUCCCGAGAAGAAGCACUAGGCACCCCGCUAGAACUAAGCCAGAAUGUGAUUGGAACCAAAAGAACUGAGAGAAAUAUUAAAAGAUAACUAAAGACAA